AUGGGCAGCGAGUUUCCCUUCACUCUGGCAGACGCAAGUCUUGGCCAGCUGGAUUGUCUUGUUGAUGGAGAGUCUGUUGUUGCCAAGUCAGGCCAGCGCUUCCAAGUCAUCGAUCCAGGUUCUGGAAACUCUUGGGCGUCAUGUCCAGACUGUCGCGAAGAAGACGUUGAUGCUGCGGUCCAAUCCUCACAUCGGGCGUUCCAGAGCUACUCCAAAUGGACGCCCAGACAGAGAGCGCAGACAUUGCUGAAAUGGCACCAGGAGAUUAUCGCUGCGCGAGACGAUCUGGCAAAGAUUCUGGUCCACGAGACGGGCAAGCCUCUUGCGGAAGCCUAUGGCGAGAUUGACUACGCCACCACCUUUACUUGGUGGUUUGUAGGCGAGGCUGAACGAGUUCAGGGAUCUUCCAUUGUCUCGGCGAUUCCAGGUCGGAGGGCGGUCACCAUCAAGCAGCCCGUUGGCGUUGCUGCUGCUCUUGUGCCCUGGAAUUUCCCCAUCGCCUUGACUCUCCGAAAGGCGAGCGCGGCUUUGGCUGCUGGCUGCACCAUGAUUGUCAAGCCUUCCCCUGAGACGCCCAUCACGGCCCUGUCUGUGGCACGACUUGCAUUAAAGGCUGGAUUUCCCCCAGGAGCACUCAACGUGCUUACCACGAGCCUCGAAGGCACACCAGGACUGGCCGAGGCACUCUGUCUGCAUCCACUGGUCAAGAAGGUAACCUUCACCGGCAGCACCAGGGUUGGAAAGAUCAUUUCGGGUCUGUGUGCAAGAAAUCUGAAGAAAUCUACCAUGGAGCUUGGCGGCAAUUGUCCGUUCAUCAUCUUUGACGACGCCAAUCUCGACCAGGCACUUGGACAACUCAUGGGACUGAAGUGGCGACAUGCAGGCCAGGCAUGCGUUUCCUCAAACAGAGUCUAUGUCCAGCGAGGCGUGUAUGACAAGUUUGUCGACCUCGUUGUCAAUGCCACGUCUCAGCUGAAGAUGGGCCAUGGCAUGGAUGAGGGCACCACUCUCGGCCCAGUGACCACCCCAAGGAGCCUUGAUAGAGCUGAGGAUAUGGCCAAAGAUGCUCUGGCCAAGGGAGCAAAGCUGGUAUAUGGCACAGGAAAAAGAGAUGCACCAGGUAGCGGAGGCUAUUUCAUGGCGCCAACCGUCUUGACAAACGUCACUGACGACAUGCUCAUGAGCCAAGAUGAGAUUUUCGCGCCUCUCCUUGGAUUCUCAGUGUUUGAUACGGAAGAAGAAGUGAUUCAAAGGGCGAACAACACGGCCAUGGGCCUGACUAGUUAUGCUUUUACAAAGAAUGUGGACAGGCUGUGGAGGCUCUUUGAACUACUAGAGGCAGGCAUGGUUGGCUUGAACACUGGAAACAACUCUUCCGCAGAGGCGCCCUUUGGAGGCAUCAAGGAAAGCGGCUCGGGCAAGGAGAGUGGAAAGGAUGUGGCGAUUGAAGAGUUUAUGAUUACAAAGAGUGGCACAUUUACUAUUGAAGGCUUGUAG